UGCCCUGAGGCUUUUCUUCUUGACUUUACAGCAAAUCGAUUUGUUAUAAUCCUUGUUACUCAUCGAGCGAGGCCGGGUGGCGUUGAGACAAACGUUCACGGGCUGGGAUGUACGUGCGUGUGUAUAUGUGUGUGUGUGCGUGUGUCAUCAACAUCAGCAUUGCUUCCCUCGCGAGGGGCCGGCUCGUCUUGGGCGGGGACGUAAAAGGUGGGCCUAGCGAGGCGCAGGCUGACGGCUGGAGCAUGUCUACGGGUGGUGGCGAAGCCCUUCUCAGGAGGCAAGGCGUAGCGUCCGGGGGUUUGGUUGGUGGCUACGACCUGGUAGCCGUCGAAGGAGCCACGGUUUCCGUUGUAACAGGCCAGCACCCGACGGGCCGCCACAGGGGAAUCUGAAAAUCCAAAGCUUGAACUUUGGUAGGAACCAGUGGGGGUAGUGGGCCAUGAACAGCUCAUGGGA